AUGGCGGCUGGGGCAGUGUUGAGGCAGCGGCCACUUAAUAACACAAAGAGUCAGCAGGUCACAGGUAAUUACGUGUAUCACAGCUGUGAUUCUAUCAUAGGGGAAUCUUUCGCUCGCGAAAAAUCUCAGACCAUUCAAUGCCCCAGAGAUGAAUGCCUGGCCACGUCGUUGGCCAUUGAGUCAUCUAGGCCGGUUCAGCACGUGCCCAAGAGUAGGACUGUUGGCCCCGCCAGUAGUCAGGACAAACUCCAUCACCUCUCCACCUGGGGAAGAGGCGGGUACGAGAAGCUAGGCGUGGUGGUGGCGGCGUACAUGCACUACAGCAACAUCUGCGCCUCCACCGACCAGGCCCUCGACAGAUAUGCCAUGAAACGCUUCUUCGAUGAUAAGAUUGGCCAGCUGUACCACCCAUCCCAGAAAAGAUACGUGCAGUACUUCGCCGGGUUACUGUCAGGGGUAAUCCGCAUCAACUCUAGUCCACUAUACCUGCACACGCUUACCAUGUACGGCGUCCCACACUUCGAGCCGCGAGGAGGCUGCCAUCUAUUUAUCAAAAUCUACCAAGGGAUGACCCCCAUCUACACCUCAGGGAUCUACAACCUCACAGAGACGAUGAGACAAGUGACUAUCGUCUUCGAGAUGGGUAUACAGCUUAGGGGAGACAUCCUGCUCAAGGCCUACCACAGGAGACUCAUGCCAGCCUCCAGAGAAGUCAUCUUUAGAAUGCAGUUCCAUACAUGUGCUGUCUCUGAGAAGAUCCUGGCCUUCACCAGAAAUGACCUGGAUGAUGCAUGCAAUGACAUGAGGUUCCCCCUGGAUGGUAGUGUGGAGCUGUUCUUCACACACUCACCAGAUGAACGACCACGAACAGUAUCCAACGUCUCCUGCGACAAGUCUCCGUGUGCCAUCGCCUCGUGGAAUUCUUACGAAAAUGUCGACUUCACUUUCGACCAGAUGGAUGAACACGUUACUCAGAAGAAACCUAACAUGGUAGCACUGUCAGACCUUGACCCCCCAAGACUAGCAUCUUUGCGAAAUUGUCUACAGAAGAAAAUUGUUUCUCACUUCACCAAUAUCUAA